AUGGCAUCAUUCCUCCCUAUUUCCCGUCCCUUUCUUCCUGACGAGAAGUUACAGCGGCCUGGCUCAGAACAACUUCAACCUUCGGGGGGCCCUAUCCGGGAAAACGGCCGAACAAACGCUCGCAGCGCAGGAUCAUGGUUUUCCUCUGUACCGGCGUUUGCUGAUGACAUCGACAUUGAUGACGACGACGACUCGGACACCUGGUGUUGUUGCGAACCGCUUAACAAUACUGAGAGGAUACUGGGAUGGCUUACUUGUUUCCUAGGCGGGCUCGUCCUCUCAGCCGUGUCAAUGGGUUCCUUCAAUGACAUGCUGUUAGGCAAGAACAACAAGUUUGCGGUCACGUACACAGUUGGAAACGUUAUUGGACUGGCUGGGACUACUUUCCUUGUCGGACCCAUACAGCAGAUUAGGAAUAUGACAGACAAAUCGCGUCUCAUAACGAGUUGUACCUUCAUCGGCAGCUUAAUCGCCACCCUAUUGUCCAGCGUUUACAUCAAGGUUGGAUUCGUCAUCGUAUUCUUUGUAUGCAUUCAGUGGCUUGCGUAUAUGUGGUAUUCCUUAAGCUAUAUUCCAUACGGCCAGCGGACAGUCUUGUGGGUCUUCCGCAGAUUGACCUUACAUUAA